ACUUCCCGCCGUCAGGGGGGCGCCCCCUGGCACUUGAAAAGUGAGAGUAUCAGUGGAAUAAACCGCAAUCGGCGCGCUCAGCUUCCAACAGUUGUCUACGCAUCGCCGUUGCGGUCGGACGUGCCGUUGGAGUAUUCAAAAAGUUUUCACCGCAAUCAUUUAAUAACGCCAUGAAUUUGUCAAUUUGUAUGCUAAUCUUUGCGGCCGUUUGCCUUGCUGCGACGUCGGCAACGACACAGCUGAGGCAACGCAACGAGAAGCAGGUUCUGGAGGAAUUGCCUCGUAAGGGCGCUACCAUCGAGGAGGUUGUGCUCGAGUCUAAUCUGCACAUCAGGCCCAAGGCACGACAGAAUGUGAGACGUGUUCGCUCCCUGCUGGAUGAGACACUAAAUGAAAUCUAUGCGGCGCACAAACGAGUGAAGCGUCAGGGACGCUUUCGUGGUGGAUUUGGCAGCAACUCGCAAGUUGACACAAGGGCCGGCGGCGCCCUGAGUGGCGUCAAUGUGGGUGCUGAUCGUCAGGGCGGCACUGCCGGUGCCAAUGUCAACUUCCAGCCAUUUGGUCCCUUGGGCCCCAAUGGCUACAACCAGGAACAGACAGCCUCCAAUGGUGCAGCGAGUAGCAACUUCAACGAUCGCUUCAAUUUCGGCUCAUCGGCGGCCAAUGCUCAGGCCCAGGGCUUCCAGUCGCAAAGUAAUCUUGGCUCUUUCGGCGCCUCCUCCACAAGCACGGCCACUCAAUCGCAAAACUUCAAUCCAUUCGGUAACAGCAACUCUGCCGGUGCCUCCCACAGCCAAGUCUUCAAACUUCCCAACGGCCAGACCAUCAAUUUCGCCUCCACCAACAAUUUCGCCAAUAGCGGAUUCGGCAACACCGCCGGCAGCCGUGGUGGAGCGGUUUCUGUGACAGGUUAAUGAC